UGUGCCCAGUGGACGGAAGUAGCUGUUGGAAGCCCUCGGGUACCUUUAAAUUGCUGCGGCGCUGGCAGCUGCGCUCUUCCUGGGAGUGGAGCGGCGGCCUGCGCAUGGCUGUGGACGUGAAGUCUCGAGCCAAGCGCUAUGAGAAGCUGGACUUCCUCGGCGAGGGCCAGUUCGCUACGGUUUAUAAGGCCAGAGAUAAGAACACCAACCAAAUUGUCGCCAUUAAGAAAAUCAAACUUGGACAUCGGUCAGAAGCUAAAGAUGGUAUAAAUAGAACAGCCUUAAGAGAGAUAAAAUUAUUACAGGAGUUAAGCCAUCCAAAUAUAAUUGGUCUUCUUGAUGCUUUUGGACAUAAAUCUAAUAUUAGCCUUGUCUUUGAUUUUAUGGAAACUGAUUUAGAGGUUAUAAUAAAGGAUAACAGUCUUGUGCUGACACCAUCCCACAUAAAAGCCUACAUGUUGAUGACUCUUCAAGGGUUAGAGUAUUUGCAUCAGCAUUGGAUUCUACAUAGGGAUCUGAAACCAAACAACUUGUUGUUAGAUGAAAAUGGAGUUCUAAAACUGGCAGAUUUUGGCCUGGCUAAAUCAUUUGGGAGCCCAAACAGGGCUUAUACACAUCAGGUUGUAACCAGAUGGUAUCGGGCUCCUGAGUUACUGUUUGGAGCUAGAAUGUAUGGUGUAGGUGUGGACAUGUGGGCUGUUGGCUGCAUAUUGGCAGAGUUGCUUCUAAGGGUUCCUUUUUUGCCAGGAGAUUCAGAUCUUGACCAGCUAACAAGAAUAUUUGAAACUUUAGGAACACCAACUGAAGAACAGUGGCCUGACAUGUGUAGUCUUCCAGAUUAUGUGACGUUUAAGAGUUUCCCUGGAAUCCCAUUACAGCACAUCUUCAUUGCAGCAGGAGAUGACUUGCUGGAACUCAUACAAGGCUUAUUCCUGUUUAAUCCAUGUACGCGUAUUACAGCCUCACAGGCAUUGAAAACUAAGUACUUCAGUAACCGUCCAGCACCAACGCCUGGAUGUCAGCUGCCAAGACCAAACUGUCCUGUGGAAGCCUUAAAGGAGCAGUCAAAUCCAGCCAUGGCAACAAAGAGGAAAAGAACAGAGGCCUUGGAACAAGGAGGAUUGCCCAAGAAGCUAAUAUUUUAGUUACAAACAACAUUGGACAGUGUUUUACCACUGAAAGAAAUAAUGCAAAAGGCAAAUGGUGGAAGACAACAGGAAACAUGGAGUAAAUGCUGUAGAAGUAAAUUUGUAAAUAUUCUAUACAUGUAAGAUAUGUAAAACUGCCGGGCGUGGUGGCGCACGCCUUUAAUCCCAGCUCUUGGGAGGUAGAUGUAGGAGGAUCGCUAUGAGUUCAAGGCCACCCUGAGACUCCAUAGUGAGUUCCAGGUUGGCCUGAGCUAGUGAGACCCUACCUCAAACCCCCUAACCCCCUAAAAAAGAUAUGUAAAACUAUGGGUUAUUUUUAUUAAAUGUAUUUUAAAAUAAAGUAUUUUACUGUA